AUGAUUACAGGAUGGAAAAAUAGCAGACAUCCAAUCCCCACGUUCACUCCGCGUCUCCCUCCGCGUCAUUGUUGCGGACUGGCGCUCGUGGUGGCUCUAUUUUGCCUAUUCUACCUCUUCUUCACACAAAAUGAUUCAACUGAAACGGAAAAUAGUCAGCCAUAUCAUCUGCCUCCGAGGCUUCCCGUUCUGCGAGAGGUGUUGAAAAGUGACGAAUGGGAGAGCGACGAGGGGGAGUCUGUUUUCAAGAAGAAUGAGACAAAAGACGUGGAAGUUGAAGCCAAGAAGCUUUUAACGAGUUUUGCAAAGACGAAGCUUACGAAAAGCACGCCGAUGUCAGGGCCGAUGUCAGGGCUGAAGUCAGAAAGUGAAGCGAAUUGCUCGCUGAAGUUUCUGUUCGCCGAUUUUCACGCGUCAAAAUACGGCGGAGGGGUCGGAAAUUUCAUGUUUGAAUGGAUUUCGUUUCUAGGAAUCGCAAAAACAGUGAAUCGAAUCCCCGCGCUACACGUGCGAAACGAUAUGGUGGCGUUGAUGUUGAAAUGGCAAAAGAGAUUCCCGAACAUUCUCGACACCACCUCGAUCAAGCUUUUGAGAUCGGAAGUCGACGUGGAGUUUCCAUAUUCGGGUUGUUGCCGGUACAAGUCGCCGAAAAAGAUUUACAAAAAGUAUGCGAAUGCGACAAAUGUCUUUUCGAGAAUGGUCUAUAUGCAGAGCUAUUUCUAUUUUAACACGGCUUUCACGCGGGACGAACUCGUCGACUUAUUGCGCUUUCACGAUGACGACAAAAAAGUGGCACGAUUGGAGCUGGUUGAGGCCAAGUACAACAUCAACAGCACGCACAAUGUCUGUGUGCACAUUCGUCGCGGGGAUUUCGUCCGAUCGACUCUCCAUCAACACUCGACCGAGGAGUUCACCGCCGAGUCGAUCCGUUUCGGGGUGGAGUACGCAAAAACCCAAACGAAUCGCACAGUGACCGCGGUGCUUCUCGGCAACGAUUUACCCUGGGAGAAGAAACUUAUCCAAACGCUCGGCGACCUACCGUACCCUGUGCUGGCGGCGAAACAAAAUCCGGACCACUGGCCGCCGCACAUCGAUUGGAUUUUCGCGCAAAUCUACUGUGACACCGUGAUUCUGACGGCUUCCGCUUCAACAUACGGCUGGUGGUUGGGCUAUCUCUCGAGAGGCGAUCAAGUGCUCUACAACGCGAUUUACUCAAAGAAAAAUGGGGUGGAGCGCGAGAUGGACGAGGAGAAAUUCUGGCCGAAACAUUGGCAAAAGAUUCAUCAAGAUGCGCAAACGAAAAAGAUCUCAAUUGUCAAGACGACGACGAUGAGGACGAUGAGGACGACGACAACGACGACGACAACGACAAAGCCAAAGCCAAAGCCAAAGAAAAGGGCU